AUGUCAUCUCUCAGCUUAGCGGGUGCCCAAGGCAUUGGCAGCCUGUUUCUCGUGGCUGCCUCUUGGGUUGGCCUCGCUGAUGCAGUCGAUGUCGAUAUUUGUGCCACAUUUAACACCGCCUCUAUGAACAGAAAUGUCAGUAUGUUCCAGACGAAUGGCCUUUGCCAUGAUUUUUGCACGCCACAAGGCUACGCCUAUGCCAUCACACAAUCCAACAAUUGCUGGUGUUCAAACUACACGCCUGCAAAGUCAGCCCAGGUCAGCACCUCUAAGUGCAGCCUGAACUGUCCCGGCUACCCGGACGAGAAGUGUGGCGGCCAAGGCUUGUUUGCCUAUCUGAAUCUCAAUGCUGCAUUGCCUUCAGGUACCAAAGGACCGGAUGCCAGUUCUACCACAGAGCCGACCGAAACUACGUCGAAGCCUGCUUCGACUAUCGCUACAGUUACUGCUGACGGAACGGUCAGGACGGUCACGAUUGUACCCACAGAAACCGGGGCCGGAGGGCAUGCAUCCGGCGAUAAUCAGAGUGUCUCAGUUCAAGACAGUGGAUUGAAGACCGGAGCCAUUGUCGGAAUCGUCGUUGGUAUUGUCGGCGGUGUUUUGGUUUUGGCCGGUCUCAUCAUGUUCUUCUAUUUCCGACGAAAGAAGCAACGACAAGAAAACGAUUACCGAGACGACCCGAGCAUUCGAGGUAGCUCGUCGGGAAUGAUGGGCUCUGGUCGUCCAGAAAUGUCGCGUGCUCCCGGCUCCCCAGGUAGUACCGGCAAUAGGAGCAGCACUUUGCAAAUCGACCCUCGGAUGGACCCUUUCCAACAAAGUCUGUAUGCUCGAAGCGGCAGCCGCGAGAGCGUCAACACGCUUCGCGACGACCACGACUACUCGAGACGCAUUCAGCAGCCCAAAGUCCUGCGGGCCACGAAUCCUGAUCCCGAGCAUUCGAGUGGAAGCUAA